AUGUCCACCCCCACUGAUCUCCAGGCGCUCCUGGCCAGCAUUCGGCCACGCCCUUCUCCCUCGAACACUCCUGGCCAAGAUAAUACCCAGGCCCAGCGUCAGGCGUAUUAUCAGCAAGGCAUGUUCCCGCCGCACCAGCAGUCUUAUGACGGCCAGAGCUACCCUCACCCGCAACACCACGGUUACCAGCACCCCUCGGUAUCCUCGACCAUCCAAAGUCCUGCGCCAAUGAAUACCCCCCCUCACCAGGGCUCCGAUGUCUUGAGCCCCAACAUGUCAACUCCCCGAGGUGAAUGGCAUCCGCAGGCGCCCCAGCAGCACAGCAACCCGGCCUCGAACGACCUUCUGAACCUUUUGCGAUUUAGUCAGCGUCCCGGCGGUGCUCCUCAAUCGCAGGUUCCAGCUCCCGCACCCGAGCAUCUGCAGGCCCCUUCACCCCAUGGAGGCCAUGAAGCUCACACGUCACACGGACGAAACAUUUCCGCUUCUGACCUGGUCGCUUCCUUGUUUGGUAACCAGACUGCAGGCAAUGCGGCCCCACCAGCUGCACCACCUGCUGUGCCCCCAGGGUUCCAGUCAGGUCAUCCCGAAGGUCCCAAUGAGAACACCCAGGAUUUGCUACUUCGCCUUCUGAACCGUUCUCAAUCUACCUCCUCUGCCCCAAAGUCACCGGCUCCGGUCCCUCAACAACAGGCACCGUACGUGCAACCCAUCUCGGAUGAAUAUCAGCGCGAGGGAACCAACGAUUUCAUGGAGUUCGUGGAUGAAACUCCAUUGGCUCCUGCGAAGCCGGAAACGGUCGUUUCGCCCAAUUCCAAGGACUCGAUGUUUACCUACGUCAACCCCUUUGACCAGCUGGCUGCUAUCUCUCCUCGGAACAAGUCUCCAAAGCAACCUAUCUCGGGUCAGCAGAGCCCGGCCGUGGAGGUCAUGCAGAAACAAAAAAUCAACGUUUCUGCGACAUUGGAGCCCUCCGCGUCCAAGUCGAUGGCACCCAAAAAGGAGCCUCGCUCGCCUGUCCUGAGUGAAGGACAGAGAGAAGCGGUGAAUGAUGUCGUUGGCCGUCUCGUAGAUGAGAUUGGCCGCUCCCUCAGUGGCGAUGAGCCGCGGGCCGCAGCAGAGGCAAAUGCUGCAGUCGCUAAUGUCAAGGAGGAAUCCCCCGAGGCAGUUCUGUCAUCAAUUGCCGACCAGCUACAGGACACCGCGGCCGUGGCCGAAGAUGUGGCCAGCCCCCUCAAUGUCGAUGAGGUUGCGAAGGAAACCGUAGUGGAGUCUCCCGCAGUUCCUGUGACCCUCAAGGUGGCUGACAACACCGAGGCUUUGGCUGACAGUUGGGAGAGCGCCGAGGACAGCGCCGAAAAGGAGGAAGAACGAGUUGUCUCUGUUCACAAUUUCCCCAUGAAGCCCUUCAUCUCCAUUGCCGUGAAGGCUACGUCUGGGAAGCUCAAUGUCUUCCGCGAUGAUGAUGUGAUGGACAUCGCUCGUCUGAAGAAGGAAUUCGAUCAGCUCGACCGAUCCCUGACCGCCGCCACAUCGGAGUAUAUUGUGUAUGCGCUUGCCAAAACCGGCGGUGUCAGAAUUAUUCGACAAGAUGACGGUAGUGAUCGACAGGCUUUCCGCUCCACUCGCGAUCGAGUGUUCAAUGUUGCUCUCUGCACGGCUCCCUCUGCUGCCGGUGACUCCGAAGUCCAGGCCAUCCUUGGCAUUGGAGUCAGCGGCUCUGUUUACUGGGCGUUGAUCUCACGCUCCGACAAGGACUUCUUUGAUAUGGAUGCCUUGGAGAGUGAGAGCCUGAUCUUCCCGCCCUUCCCAGCUUCGGAUGAGAACACUUCUGGUGGCCAGCUGAAAACGCGGGCCAAGCGAAGCACUCGUCACACCAAUCUGUUUGCCAUUGGUCGGGGUAAGAACAUCUACGUCGUCUCUCCAAAGGCGGCGAUGAACCCAGCCUACGGCGUUUCUGGAACCCAGCGCACAGUCAACACCGAGAAAUUCUUCAAGGAACGUGCCUUGAAGAUCUCUACUGGUAAGGCUGGAAAGGACUUUGCUUUCAGUGACGAUGACUCUGUCAUUGCAUCUUUGGAUAAGACCGGCCGCCUGCGUUUCUGGGACAUCAACGACAUGCUGAACGAUUCCAGCUUGGUUGAAGGACCUCCACCUGCUGAGAUCAAGGUCCCUCUGACGACCUUUGUCACUGGCUCCCCCACCGAGAAGUCCUGGCCUACUUCCGUUCUUUUCCUCGAUAAGCUUCGUGCGUACUCGCGGUCCAUGGCGCUUCGCUACGUCUUGGUUGGACUUAAGCAAAACCACACCUUGCAGCUCUGGGAUAUUGGGCUUGGCAAGGCUGUGCAAGAGUUGAAGUUCCCUCAUGAGAAUGAGUCUGAUGCUAUCUGCAGCGUCGCCUACCACCCCUCCUCUGGCGUUAUUGUUGUUGGACACCCAACCCGUAACUCAAUUUACUUUGCCCAUCUGUCCGCUCCCCGGUACAAUCUGCCCCAGAUGUCCCAGGCUGCGUAUAUUCGGGACCUCAACGACAAAGAAAACACUCUCCCCAAACCGGAAUCCACGGCUUGCCUGAGUGGAAUUCGUGAAAUCUCUCUUGGUGCCAAGGGCCAGUUGAGAAGCUUGGAGCUUCUUCCUGUCACUAAGCCCAUUCUCGACAAGAGUGGCGCUGAAGAGACUCCCUUGUUUGAGUUAUAUGUCAUGCACUCGCGUGGUGUCACAUGUCUGAACAUCAAGAAGGAGGACUUGGGCUGGACCGCAGACAACAAGGUCAUUCGGCCUGUCGAUGCUUUGGAGCAUAACUUGAUUGAGAUCAGUGACCUCCAAACAUUCCCAAGCUACGCGACUGAUGAUCCAUCCGUCAACGGCGACACUGCCUCCACCAUGUCCCGCGCUGCUCCCAAGGACCCUGUCAAGAAGACCGAUAUUGGUGAGGCUGCUUCCGGCGUUGCCCCCUCGCGCAAUGCUUCACCUACCAAAUUGGCUAGGAAGAAGACCGCCGAUGAGCCUGUUGAAUUGGCGGUUACACCCAUCACUGCCGACAAGUCCGACAAGAAGAAAAAGAAGAAGGCUGCAAAGGAGCCUGUCGCUACUUCCAGUGUUGAGCCUAUCCCCACUGAUUCUACUGGCUCUAAGGGUAUCGAGUCAAUUGCCUCUUCUACCACAGCAAUGGGUGCGACCCAAGCUGCUGAUCACGCACUGCCUACCAGUCUUCCUGGCAUGGGCCUGUCAAGUGAGGCACUGGGCAAGCACAUCCAGACCCUGCAAGGCAGUGUUCAGAGCGAAUUCAACAAGAGCCUUGGCCAGGAGUUUGAGAACCUGCACCGCCGCUUUGACGAAGAACGUCAGAAUUGGGAUGCUGCCUCGUCGGCCAAGCAGGACCAAGUGCUGCGCUUGGUUUCCAGCACACUUUCUGACAAUGUCGAGAAGAACUUGACUCGCAUUGUCUCGAGCAGCAUCCAAACUGAUGUGAUCCCAAUCAUCACCGACGCCACUUCCGCUGCGGUCAGCAAGCAACUUGGCGGUGCUGUGUCUCAGCAGCUUGGAGGUGCCAUCAACGAGGAGCUGCGCCACUCACUCCCCAAAGCUGUUAUCAACGCCAUUCAACAGCCACCUGUGCUGAAGGCCGUGACUGAGUCUCUCGCGCAAAAGCUUGCACCUCGUAUCGAAACGGAAGUCACACGAGUCAUGCAGACCUCGAUUGCUCCAAUGCUGGAGACACUGGGACGCACCACCCAAAAGGUCGAGAAAGAAAUGGAACGUCAUUUCCAAACACAGGUCAAGCAAUACGAGGCUCAGCGCCGGAGUGACAAUGCCAAAAUUGAGGAGAUGGCCGCUGUUUUGCGUGAUCUGGCCAAGCAGGUCUCCGUGCUGACUGCCAACCAGAACCAGCAGCUUCGUCAAAGCCAGAGCCCGCCCCAUCAAGCUCCUCACCGGGAACUUUCGGCCAAUAAGCGAGCCCCUGAUGGUCGUCCAGCUGAGCCCCAGAUGCGUAUGCCGCAGGUGUCUCAACCCCAGCCUCUGGUUCAAUCCCAAGCUGCCUCGAUUCCCGUUCAAGCACCGGCCCCGAUCCCUGUCCCCGCGCCUGUUCCUCGAUCCCCCGAGGAAGCCGAACUCGCGGAAAUCAUGCAUUUGGUCAAGGCCGGCCAUUUUGAGGAGGGAACUAUUAAGUGGCUCCAAUCCCACCAGCAAGCCGAUCUGUUCGAUAACUUCUUCGUUCACAUCCCGCCCGCUUACUUGUCUCAACUUCCUGCGAUUGUCAUGCUCUCUGUGGCUGUGGCUGUCACCUCUACUCUUGCUACCAAUAUCGGUCAGCGCCUGCAUUGGCUCGAUGUCGUUCUUCAGAGCGUGGACGCAAGGGACACUGAUCUUCGCGAGGUUGCUCCACGCAUUCUUGAUAUAAUGAGCCAGCGCCUCAACAAUCUUUACAUGGGCGUCGUUGAGCGCAACCCUCAUGAUCCCAUCCUGCGCCACAUUGCGCCUCUUGCUCGUCGUGCCCGUGAAUUGAUCACCAAUUUGAGCUAG